CGUGCACUAACGCGGCGGUGUCACGUGAGAUAGGGCAGCCAAUAGUGUAGCGCUUCGUGUAGGAUUCGAUCUAUGGUUGCGGCCGCCCUGGUCGUCCGCUCAGAGCAGGAGGAGAGGAGCGCGCGUGCGGGGCGGGAGGCACUUCAGAAAUGGCUACCACACAGUCUGUCUUCACAUUUGCUGUCUGCAUUUUAAUGAUAACCGAAUUAAUAUUGGCUAGAGAAAGUUACUAUGACAUUUUAGGAGUUCCAAAAAAUGCAUCUGACCGCCAGAUCAAGAAGGCAUUUCACAAACUGGCCAUGAAGUACCACCCAGACAAAAAUAAGAGUCCUAGUGCAGAAGCAAAAUUCAGAGAAAUUGCAGAAGCAUAUGAAACGUUAUCGGAUGAGAAUAAACGAAAAGAAUAUGACCAGUUUGGCCAUGGUGGAGGACAAGGAAAUAAUGGAAGCCCAUUCCAACAGUCAUUUAAUUUCAACUUUGAUGACUUGUUCAAAGAUUUUGACUUGUUUGGUCAAAACCAAAACUCACGGUCAAAGAAGCAUUUUGAAAAUCACUUCCGGGGUCAUCGGGAGGCUCACAGCAGGCAAAGACGUUCUUUCCAAGAUUUCUCCUUUGGAGGUGGACUGUUUGAUGAUGUGUUUGAAGAUAUGGAAAAAAUGUUUUCUUUCAGUGGCUUUGACAAUGCACACCAGCACACAGUACAAACUGAUAGCAGAUUCCAUGGAUCUAGCAAGCAUUGUAGGACUGUCACUCAGCGCCGAGGAAACAUGGUUACUACAUACACAGACUGUUCUGGACAAUAAUAUUUCCUUUUUCUUCCAUAUUUCUCUUCCCGUUUCCUCACCUUGAUGAUUUUCUUGUUUAGUGCUAAUAUGGAACAAAAACUCUUCUCUGAACUGUCUGAUAAACUAUUAAAGUAUUUAACGUAAUUGCGGUAAAGAAAUUCUAAUUAAACUAAUUCUUGCAGCUAAAACAUGCAGCAAAAUGGGAGAUGAGUGCCUCAUCUGUCUAGAAAAGGCUGUGUAUGGGGGAAAUAAAUCCCAUAUUAAAUAAGAAAUGUUUACCAAAUUGAAAUAUAUUUCAAUUUUUUAACAUAGGAGGAGGGUGUGGGUGUUUUUUUUUGUUUUUGUUUUAUUUUUUAAUUAAAUAUUCUUACCUUAAUAUGAUUUUUGUCAAACAUCCUAUCAGGGGUGUAGACUUACUGAUGCAUGUAUAGCCACAUGAGUUAAACUAAUUAUUGUGAAGUGUUAAACUUACAACUUCCUCUUUUUUUCUUUUUAAAAAAAUCCUUAUAGACUUAACUUGCAGUAUUCAGCUGCUGUAGACUACGUUGUGGGAACUAUGUAUAAUUCACACACAAUACAGCAGUGGAAAUUCAACUCAUCUGCAUUUUAACUUGCAUGAUCAGUUCUAGAAAUGUGAAUGUAGAACAUCUUUAAAACAGUGUAAGGAACCAUUGCCUGGAGUUUAGAAGUUUGUAUUUCCAAAUGUCCUUUCAUUGGCCACAAGCCUGUAAAGACUUUAGCAUGAACAUAACUGUGCAUAUGUGAGUUGUCUGACUCCAGCAGGACUACUUGUGUGUGUAAAGUUGUGUACAUGUGUAAGUCUUUGUAGGAUCCAGGACAUUAUCUAUCUAAAAACUAAAUAUGAGAACCUGUAUUAUUGUAGUACAUACUUACUAUUUAGUUAUGUCCCCCUGGAAAAUGGGGGUAGUGAAAGGUUAUUUUAUCCUCAAAUUAUUGCUUUUUAAAUUCUCCUCAUGAUGUUAUAGUGAACUUAAACUAAGUAAAAUUAGAUCCCUAUGCCUGAUGUGACUUGUAGGUUAAACAAGUACAUUUUUGUAGUAAAUAGAUCUGCAAAUUCCAUCACAGAUUUCUUCAUAUAAAAGAAUUAUUGUCCCAGCUUCACAACUUGAAAGGUAAACUCUCUUCUCCAAGUGAAUAAACAGCAAAAUUGAAAGUCAGACUUCUUGUGGUAUUUGUUUAGUUACAUUUGGCAAUUGAGUCUGCCGUAGUGGUGGUGGCAUACUAAAGUUGUCAUUUGCUAUGCAGCCAGCAAUGAAGUCCAUAAGCCACUAUAAACUGGAAGAAAAACCCUCCAUAUCCAAAUGUCACCCUAAUAGAUCUCUACAUCAGUCCUUGAAGAUUUUCUUUGAGUAUUAAUAUAGGACUGACUGGACUUCCAUGUAGUCACUGUAUCAAACUUCAUCUUUUCAGUAAAAUGGGUGCCACCCACAAUUGAGAAUUGCCAGUUGUAACUUAAACUAAUGUUUAAAAUUACAUUUCACUUACUUUGUGAAAACUUACCUUUCACGUUGAUUGAGUGAGCAAAUUGAGUGUAGGUUGCUGUGUCCUAAAUAAGCUUCAUCUUUUUAAAAAGCCCUAGACUAAUUUUAUUAUAAGGAAGAGACUUUGCCCUUCAGCUCUCAUUUAAUAUUCCUCCGCUACAUCCUCACUCAUCGUGCUAACCUUCCCAUGACUGUCAAUAUUGUCUUUUGUUAAAUUUCACUCACCUAAAAGCCUAGAAAGGAUUUUUGUGUUAAGUGCUUUCUCUUUCAUUCUUUGUCUACUUUAUUUAUAAAUUGACUAAUACCUCAUAUUCUGUCUUUAUAAAAAGCCAGUAAUUUGUGAAACCUUAUCAGAAUGUGCAAUAUUCUUAUGGUAGAGAGAAAUGUGCUUUUAUUUUUUGUGCAAGUAGAUUUUAAUUUUGUUGUGUACUUUAAUGUAAAUUUCUGCACUUUUUCCAUAACAUACUCUAUAUGGAUAUUAAUCCUAUGGAUACAUUUAAGCAAAAAUAGCAACUGUCGUUCAUACAACAUGGGUAUGUAAGUAAACAAAUAUUUACAACUUGAA